ACCUUGAUCAGGUGACCUUCCUCAGGUCGGUCUCCAGGCUAGGAAUACAAUGCUUCUAUGCUAGGGGGGGGGGAGGUGCACCCCCACCUUUCAGUGGAUGAUUAACUUAACUAGUUUCAGAGGAUAAAACGGUUGGUGGACUUCAAGGUCAGCCAACAAAGCCUUCUUUACAUACAAUACGUCAUAGGGUCGAAGAGGUGUCGCUGAAGGUUAUUAUUUCUAGAGAGAGAGAGGCGUGGCAAUCAGAACCAUAAAGCAAUGCCUCUACUUGACACCCGAGCUACCGAACCUUCAGUAGAAGAGAGAGAAGCCUCCAUGAAGGAACCGACAAUGAGAGACAGUGCUGGCCUACAUAUCACUAAAUGUAAAGGAUGCCUCGGACCGCUUCAUUUCCAGAGCAGUGAUGGCUCUAAGCUGUCGCUCAUGGCGGGCUGCCGGUACGCUGAGAGACAAAAGGAUACCUUCCAGAACGCCCUGGCCUUCAGCAACCGACCAAUCGCCAUAGAGGAGAGAAUCCACGUCCGCGUGGAGAGAUGUGACCAGCACUGGCAAGGCGCCCUGCGGUUGGGCUUCACCGCCAUAUCUCCGUCGUUGUUUGCUUGGGACGACAAACUCAGCAUAGCUGAUCCGGACGGCCCUCGCACCGGCCUCGGUUACUGGGCGCAUCAGCUGCCUACCUGUCACACGUUGCCAGGGGCCGAGCUGUGUUUCUGGGUGAACACCCGGGGCGUGUUAAUGUACAGGGGACCAGACCAUGUCAAAAAAAAGCUUUUCGUCGGCGUAGACUUGGGACGACCUCUCUGGGCCAUGGUCGACGUGUACGGCCAGACCAGGGCGGUGCGUAUGUUGGGGUCCAAAAAGAAAAAAAUAGGAUUUAGGACAAAGAAAUCCUGCCCGGCAACCCCUCCCCCAGCUCCCACGGACGGAGACAGCUGCCUGUGUGUGGACCGAGGGCAGCCGUGUGAAAGGCCUCGCCAGUCGCCCUCAACGUACACACAGCCACCAAACAGCCCCGACUCAAAUUCACCUGAGGUUUGUGUGGUGUGUCUCGAGGAUUGUGCAGCAAGCGUGACUCUUGUGUGCGGUCACCGGUGCCUCUGUUCCAGCUGCGCCAAUCGGAUUAUAGCAGAGUUUGGGACGUGCCCAAUCUGCCGCCAGUCCAUAUGAACUACAUGUCAACAAGAGACUGCAAGGCUUUAGUCCCCAAAGAAGAUAAUGUAGAACAACAGAUCUUGUUACAUGGAGUUUAAUUUCAAACAGACUCACUUGUUGCAGUCGGAUCUAAGGUUCUUGUCGUCAUUUUGUAAAUAUCUCUAGGCCUACAUAAUUAAUCAUUGUAAAAUACAUUUUGGUUAAAACAUGCAAUUAGUUUUGCAGGAAGGGUAAAAGUAGGAUUUGAUAUGCUGAAAGAACUUUGGGAGUGCCUAAUUGGAUGUUAUUGGAAGGUUGGACCCUAGCCGAUCCUGUGGCAAGCCUUUCAAGAGCAUUGACCAUCUGUGUGCUAUCAGGGAAAUCAAUAAUGUUUAGGAUAUAUAUGCACCAAAAAACAUUAUGUUGAUGAGGAUGUUUGAUAUAUAGGCCUAUGUAUAUAUUUUUUUCUCAAAAUGUAUUGUUAUUAUUUUUGUGGAUAUUGAUAUUAUUGAAAUGUUGCAUUCAUUUCAAAUGACUAAUUCAUAAAAAUGCAUAUUAAAAAAUCUCUUUUUCAAACUUGUA